UGCGACGCCAGGGGUUAUUAAUGCGCAUGUGUCGAUCGUUCUGAAGAUACCGCGGUGGCUGCCGGGAGGAGGUGGAAAGCCAGGAAGUAAACAUUGACCCAUCGCUUUGGUUUCUGUGCGGUGGUUUUGGGGUCGGCUGCGGCGGGACUGGAGGAGGGCAAUUAACCAUGUCAGCUGCAGCUGUGGAUGCAGUUAAUGCUGCCUCCCUGUCGGGGUCCAAAGAAAUGAGUUUGGAGGAACCAAAGAAGAUGACCAGAGAGGACUGGAGAAAGAAGAAGGAACUAGAAGAACAGAGAAAACUGGGUAAUGCUCCUGCAGAAGUUGACGAAGAAGGGAAAGACAUCAACCCUCAUAUUCCUCAGUAUAUUUCUUCCGUGCCAUGGUAUAUUGAUCCAUCAAAAAGACCUACUUUAAAGCAUCAGAGACCACAACCAGAGAAACAGAAGCAGUACAGCUCCUCUGGAGAAUGGUACAAGAGGGGUGUAAAAGAGAAUUCCAUAACAACUAAGUACCGCAAAGGAGCAUGUGAAAAUUGUGGCGCCAUGACACACAAAAAGAAAGACUGCUUUGAGAGACCCAGGCGAGUUGGAGCAAAAUUUACAGGUACUAAUAUAGCUCCAGAUGAACAUGUCCAGCCUCAGCUGAUGUUUGACUAUGAUGGGAAGAGGGAUCGGUGGAAUGGCUACAAUCCGGAAGAACACAUGAAAAUUGUAGAGGAAUAUGCCAAAGUUGAUCUGGCAAAACGAACACUGAAAGCCCAGAAACUCCAAGAAGAGUUGGCGUCAGGAAAAUUAGUGGAACAGGCUAAUUCUCCAAAACACCAGUGGGGAGAAGAGGAACCAAAUUCUCAGACGGAAAAAGAUCAUAAUAGUGAAGAUGAGGACGAAGAUAAAUAUGCAGAUGAUAUUGACAUGCCUGGACAGAACUUUGACUCUAAGAGACGAAUUACUGUCCGGAAUCUCAGGAUUCGAGAAGAUAUUGCAAAAUAUUUGCGGAAUUUAGAUCCAAAUUCUGCUUACUAUGAUCCCAAAACUAGAGCGAUGAGAGAGAAUCCCUAUGCCAAUGCAGGAAAGAACCCAGAUGAAGUGAGCUAUGCGGGAGAUAACUUUGUUAGAUACACAGGCGAUACCAUUUCAAUGGCUCAGACACAGUUGUUUGCUUGGGAAGCCUAUGACAAGGGAUCUGAAGUGCAUCUGCAAGCCGAUCCUACAAAACUUGAGCUGUUGUAUAAGUCCUUCAAAGUCAAAAAAGAAGACUUCAAGGAACAGCAGAAAGAAAGCAUCCUGGAAAAGUAUGGCGGCCAAGAACACCUGGAUGCCCCUCCAGCUGAGUUGCUUUUAGCUCAGACCGAAGACUAUGUGGAGUACUCAAGACAUGGGACAGUCAUCAAAGGACAGGAGCGGGCCGUCGCCUGCUCUAAGUAUGAGGAGGAUGUGAAGAUCCACAAUCACACGCAUAUCUGGGGAUCUUACUGGAAAGAAGGCCGAUGGGGAUACAAAUGCUGUCACUCUUUUUUCAAGUAUUCCUAUUGUACUGGAGAAGCUGGGAAGGAGAUUGCUAAUUCAGAGGAAUGUCUUGUAAAUGAUAUCACUGGAGAAGAAUCGGUGAGAAAACCUCAAACCCUCAUGGAGAUGCAUCAGGAAAAACUAAAAGAGGAGAAAAAGAAGAAGAAGAAGAAGAAGAAGCAGCAUCGAAAGAGCAGUUCAGACAGCGAGGACGAAGAAAAGAAACAUGAAAAAUUGAAAAAGGCACUGAAUGCAGAGGAGGCCCGCCUUCUCCAUGUCAAGGAGAUCAUGCAGAUUGAUGAGAGGAAGCGGCCUUACAAUAGCGUAUACGAAACUCGGGAACCCACGGAAGAGGAAAUGGAGGCCUACAGAAUGAAACGUCAGAGGCCCGAUGACCCCAUGGCCUCCUUCCUUGGACAGUAGUAACUAGUCGUAGAUGGUCACCCAAGAUAGACACUGCUGAUACAUUCUUUGAGCUUCUUGCUGAUGAUUGUAGGUGGAAAACUCUGUGUCUACUCUUCUUGUGCCUGACUUUAAUAAAGGUUCCUGAAGUCUCAUGGUAAA